CCCAGCACCCAGUGUGUAGAUAACAACAAACUUCUCCAGCAACAGCCUGGAGCAAAAUGCCUAUCCCAUGCUGGAUUAGCCCCCGCGGGGGACGUAUCCUAAACUCACAAUUAAUUACGGCUGAUUAGCAACUUGCAGUGUGAAGCGACACACAGACUUUAAUAAGUUAUGUAGUUAAAACAGAAAUGAAGGAUUAAAGGAUAAACAAAAUAUUCUUGCAAUUUUUGUGUAAAACCCAAUGCAUUCUCCACGCCUAAAGCUUCGAUUCGUACGAUUUUCGGACCGUGUGUGGAGUGUCCUGACAUUUUUCGUGCCAUGGCGAUCGGUCGUUCAAACGAUCGGACAGGUCAGCCCUAAAUAUGGAUGCUUUUAUCAGGUCCCUGUUUCAUGCACGGAGGUGAAGAGUCAUUGUAUCUCAGGUUCUGUAUUUUCCCAGGCAAGAAUGAUCACCCUCUGCCCAGUGCUGCUGUCAUUGCUGCUCUUGCCAACCAUCGCGACAUCUCAGGGGCAGUGUCAAAUCCCAGCCCCUAGCCUGACUCUGGACACUAAUAUCCGGUACCAGUUUCCAAGUUUCACAGCUUCUCGGCCCAUCCAGAACCUGGUUAGCCAGGAGGACUUGCUUUUCCUGACCACUACCAAUCACUUGUACGUUCUCACAGGCAAUGAACUUCACAUGCUACAAAACCUCACCACCGGUCCUACUAACUCCCAGUGCACUCUGUGCUCCAAAUGCCAAAUGGGAAAUGCUUUACCAAGCCAGCCUGAGGACACUGAGAGCCAAGUUCUGGUAGCAGAUCCAGAGGAAAGUGUUAUUUACAGCUGUGGAUCCUCUCUGCAUGGCCUCUGCUUCAUGCAUGUAAUUGCGUCCUCUAAGAUAGUUGACUCCAAGUGCCUUUUCAAUCAGAAUAGAAACAAUGCUUCUUCAUGCCCGGACUGCAUAGCAAGCCCACUUGGAACAUUGCUUACAGUAGUGACACAAAGCAGGGUAGUGUAUUUUUAUACAGCAUCUUCACUGGAUUCACCCAUUGCUAAAAGUUACAGCCCAACAUCCAUAUCUAUAAGGCGCCUCCUUGGAUCUGAAGAUGGCUUUGGUGGUGGCUUCCAUUCACUGACAGUCUUAGAGACAUUCAGAGACUCUUACCCCAUCCAUUAUGUGCACACAUUCACCAGUGGAUCAUACGUCUAUUUCUUGACUGUCCAGCCUGAACAUCCACUGUCCAGUACCUACCACAGCCGGGUGGUGCGUCUCUAUAAAAAGGAGGAGGAAAUGCGAAGUUACCGAGAGCUGAUUCUGGAAUGUCGCCUUGAGCCUAAACGACGAAGAAGAAGACGAAGAGCAGAACCUAGAAUUUUCAAUGUUUUGCAGGCAGCACAUGUUGCCACUGUAGGGAGCACACUAGCUGGGGAACUGGACAUUAGCGAGACAGACCCAGUGCUCUUUGCUGUUUUCGCUCAGAGUGAGCCAAUGAGCGCACAACCCCGCAAAUAUUCCGCAGUCUGCGCCUUCCCCAUAAGCUUAAUCGACCUCUCUAUUGAAGAUGGGAUGAAUGCAUGCUGCUCCAACACCAAUUCUGUGAGGCUAACUCGGGGGCUUAAUUUCUUCCAACCAGAGAUGGAAUGUCCCCAAAAUGACAACCAGUCUGACAUCACCUGUAAGAAUGUGCCCACAUUAGUGUCGCCUCCUUUACGACGUGUUGAUAUCUUCAAUGGGCAGUUGGAUGGGGUACUUCUCACCUCUAUGUAUGUUAGGCCUCAGGAAGAUCUGACCAUUGGCUUUCUAGGCACCUCUGUUGGAAGGCUGCUGCAGGUAGUACUCCAGCGCAACAGUAAACCCCGCACUCUGUCAAACUUCUCUAUAAGUGAUACCCAUCCUGUGUCGCGGGAGGUCACACGAAUUAGAGACAGCCUCUUUUUUAUUACUGGAAACCAGGUGACCAAAGUAAAUAUUACAGGCCCAGGAUGCCGGCAUUUCCUCACCUGCAGCAGAUGCCUACGUGCCCCUCGAUUUAUGGGUUGCAGUUGGUGCAAAAAUGUCUGCUGUCAGCAGGGAGAAUGUGAGGGAGAGUGUGCACAGAAUACAUGCCUUCCUUCAAUUGCUGAGUUCUAUCCCAGGACGGCACCGUUACGUGGGAAUACGAAUAUUACCUUGUGUGGCCGAGACUUUCAGUCCAGUAUUGUGUACAAUGCCCCUCCAAAGGCAAAGAUCACAGCAGAGACUCACAGAGUCAGUGUGGGACCUCGCAAAUGUAUCGUUAACCCUGGAAAGAGCAGUAGCACCAGUUUGGUAUGCACAUUGCAGACGGAGGGGCCCCCUGACACAUUGUCAACGGCUGAUAUCUCUUUAACAAUUGAUGAGAACCUUAUGGGGACACCUUACUACAUAAAAGGAACCGUAUCUGCUGAAGGCUUCACCUUUGUGGAACCAGCUAUUACCUCUGUUGAACCCAACUUUGGGCCCCUGGCUGGAGGUACAAGAUUGACGCUAAAAGGGCAGAACCUGACAGCCGGAGAGACUCAGAGGGUUUUCAUUGAUGGUGCUGAGUGCAAGACGAUCAAUGGAUCAGAUUGCCCUGCCGAGGUUUUGUGCUGCGUGUCUCCCAAAUCCCUCUCUCUCGGGCCUUUAAAUGUUUUUGCUUUGCUGGAUGGAGCUCAGAUUCCUUCCCCGGAGCAAUUCCAAUACAAACCUGAUCCAUCUAUCUCUGACAUCAGACCUAACUGCAGCCUGGCAAGUGGUACUCCCCUCACUAUACAGGGAUCAAACCUGGAUUCUGCAUCCAGCAUCAGUGUCAUCUUGAACAAUGGUGAAAAGGCGAUCAGAUCGGCUUGCAAAGGGACUUUCUCACCAGACCGUAUUGUGUGCCGUACUCCAGCUUAUACUUAUAUUGGCAGAUCUGGAAACUUGACCCUGGAGCUUGAUGCUGUUCAAUAUACAUACCCUUAUCGCUUCCGAUAUCUCCAGAACUAUGUCAUUCACCCAUUCCGUCCAAAUGAACCGGAUGGAGGAAUCUUGAGGUUGAAGAACGGCAGAGAUGAAAUUGACACACAUCAUGAAAAUUUGGACCUGGUGACCACAUGCUUGAAAGUCUCCAUGACAGUUGGGGGAAGAGAAUGUAACCCUACUGUGCUGAAUAAAGAGAUCACCUGCAGAAUUCCCAAAGGCAUGGUUAUUCCCUCUGAAGGCUCCAAAGUGCAGGUUUGUGUGGAUGACGAAUGCACCACGGUGGGACUUGUAAUGAAUGAGAACUUUCUCGAUCCGGUGCUGGGCAUUGUCCUUGGUAGUGUCGCCUCUGUUUUGGUAGUAGCAGUUCUCAUCUUCCUGCUUCUCCAACAUCAAAGAAAAAAGAAAAAGAAGCAAGCAGUGGAACAACUGGAACUGCUCUCAAACAAUAACAGAGAACCCGUCUUGUCCCCGAUUUCCCUUCUUCAGGGAGACUACAGGACUUCAUAUAUACCUAGUAGCAACUCUGGAGGGAUGCUCUCCCACGGCUAUUCUGGUGGUAGUUUUGGCGGUGGUUCCAUGCCCAUCCUACUCGCUAGUUUGGUUGACAGCCUGCGACCAGAACUGCUUGAAGAGGUUAAAGAUGUUUUGAUUCCAGAGAGAUGCCUGACAACACAUCGGGAUCGGAUUAUAGGGAAAGGUCACUUUGGGAGUGUUUACCAUGGCACUUAUGUGGAUGAAGAUCAGCAGGAGGUGCACUGCGCUGUCAAAUCAUUAAACAGAAUCACUGAUUUGGAAGAGGUGGAGGAGUUUCUGCGGGAGGGGAUUUUAAUGAAGAGCUUCCACCAUCCCAAUGUACUAUCCCUCAUUGGCAUUUGUUUGCCCCAGGAAGGGCUCCCCCUUGUGGUUCUUCCAUUUAUGAAACAUGGCGACCUGAGACACUUCAUCCGCAGUGAGGAGAGGAAUCCUACGGUAAAAGACUUGGUUGGAUUUGGGCUGCAGGUUUCCCGGGGAAUGGAAUACUUGGCCAAUAGGAAGUUCGUACACAGAGACCUUGCUGCUCGCAACUGCAUGCUGGAUGAGACGUUCCAUGUGAAGGUGGCCGACUUUGGUCUGGCGAGAGAUGUGUUUGACAAGGAAUAUUACAGUGUUAGACGCCACAAGAACGCCAGACUGCCUGUUAAGUGGAUGGCUAUGGAGAGUCUGCAGACCCAGAAAUUUACCACUAAGAGUGAUGUGUGGUCAUUCGGAGUGCUGCUGUGGGAGCUGAUGACACGAGGAGCUCCACCAUAUCCUGAUGUGGAUGCCUAUGAUAUUACUCGAUACUUGUUCAGAGGAAGGCGUCUGGCACAGCCGGAAUACUGCCCUAAUCCUCUGUAUUCCCUUAUGCUGAGCUGCUGGAACCCACAGCCUGUGGAGCGCCCAACAUUUACCCAGUUGGUCAGUGACAUGGAAUUGAUCUCUAAUUCCCUUUCUGGCGAUCACUAUAUCAAUCUUAAUGUUACCUACGUCAACUUAGAUUGCGACCAACCUUUUCCACCUGGUCACCCACCCUCGGAAGAGGAGCUGGAAGAGGAAGAUUCAACAGAGGAAGAUGAGAACCCAGUAGCAUAGACAGUAGUGACCACCAAAUCCAACUUGUGGACGGAGGGAGACCACUUCUCAUUCAGAGAGGUAGACCAUACAAGGCCUUUUUUCAAAGGAGACAAAGCUCCGAGAUGAGACAUUGACCAAAUAACAAUGUUUAUUAUGGCAAAGUCAUGUGACAGGCUUGUCUGGUCAUAGUGGAUCUAUUUGCCAACCAUAAAAGUACUUUAUAGCUUUAAUUUGCACAGAUCUCCCAUUGGCACUGAGGAUACUGAAUGUGUACAUUUCUCGAUUCUCUAGUCUUUUUAUCUUCAUGAUGUGCUAAACAGACAUGGAUAAGCUUACGGCAAUGUUGUAUCAUUAUGUUGGUCCACAGCGGAUUUUAAACAAGGUAUGUGGCGACAAAAAGUGGAAUGAUGGUUCCCAUUCAUGGUCAGUCCGGUGCACUAUCCAGGCAAUAAUGGCUCACGUUACACUAUGGUGCAACAAAACACCAAAGACUUUUAUUUGACUAUCACUAAAAUGUUUCAUGAGUGGCUCGUAUCAAAGGCAAAGACCCCUCUGGAACGCGCUAAACAAGGCUCACAGGUCGGAGAGCAUUUCUAUUUGAGAGUAGGUGGGGCUUGACUUUUUGGUAAUACUUGAAAUGUAUAUGACUGUAUAUAUUGUGCAUAUAAUGUUCUCAUGUCAUUGUGUAUGUGUCAGUGUAUAUACUAUAUGUUUGCGUGUGUGUGUCUGCGUUGGUGUCGGCGUGUCUGUAUAUAUGUGCGUGACAGCCUGUUGGUGUGUAUAUGUGUGCAGGACGCAGUUUAUUAGGGGAUUUUUUUUAUUUUUAUGGAGAUAUAUUUUUGUGACCCUGACAGAGUGAAUCAUUUCCUGUAAGAUUCAUUUGGGCAAUGGAAGAUGUUUGAAAUAAACAGAAUGUUUUUAUCAUAAA